UUUAGUUUCGACUAUUCUCUAAUCUAUUAUAUGGUGGGAAACCAAAAAAAAAAAAAACAUAAAAAAAGAAAGAAAUGAGAAAAGGGUCGCACUCAAAAUGCCCUUUUUGCUAUCAAUUUUGUCUGUAUUCCUACUUACGUAUAGCCAUUGACGUUUACUGAUGAUGAAAUUGGAAAAAUCCAAUACGCCCAAAUCCAAUUCCUUUCUGCUAUGCCUUGCCAAAUUUAUUUUAUUUGAGUUGAUUUAUUAUUUUCCCUUUCUUACUUAGUCCAAUUCUUCUGCUGAUAAAAUAAUUGAUUUGAAAAAUUGACCAUCUUUAUUUCUCAAUUAUUUUCCAAAGAUGAAUUUAGGUCCCUCUCUUGCUCAACUGUUUGGGUUUUAUCAUUUGCCACUACUCAAAGGAAAGUGAAAUUUAGAUUGGUGAUGGGUUGUGGUUGCUUUGGUGAAUUGAAUUGGUGUAGAGGAAGCUUUAAAUCUGGUGAGCCACAAACUCCAGGGAUAUCUACCGAUAAUGUAAGGCAAUUUUCGUAUAAUUCGUUGAGAUCAGCUACAAGGGACUUCCAUCCUUCAAAUAGAAUAGGUGGUGGAGGCUAUGGAGUUGUUCACAGGGGAGUGCUAAGAGAUGGUACUCAAGUUGCCAUUAAGUCUCUUUCAGCAGAAUCUAAGCAAGGAUCAAAUGAAUUUUUGACAGAAAUUAGAAUGAUAUCUAGAAUACAACAUCCGAACCUUGUUAAGCUUGUUGGGUGCUGCGCCGAGGGAAGUUCUCGAAUAUUGGUAUAUGAAUAUCUGGAGAACAACAGUCUUGCCACUUCUUUGCUUGGUUCGAAAAGCAAACAUGUUUUUCUGGAUUGGCCAACUAGAGCUGUGAUUUGCGUGGAAACGGCAACUGGUCUAGCUUUUCUUCAUGAGGAAGCUGAGCCUCAUAUUGUCCAUAGAGAUAUUAAGGCUAGCAAUAUACUUCUUGAUGGAAAUUUUCACCCGAAGAUUGGAGAUUUCGGACUUGCAAAACUCUUUCCAGACAAUGUCACUCAUGUUAGUACUCGAGUGGCAGGAACCAUAGGUUAUCUAGCACCGGAAUAUGCACUCUUAGGACAGCUUACUAAGAAAGCCGAUGUAUACAGUUUUGGGGUGUUGUUGCUUGAAAUAAUUAGUGGCAGAAGUAGUAGUAAGGCAGCAUUUGGAGAGGAAUUGCUAGUUUUGGUGGAAUGGGCAUGGAAACUAAGAGAAGAAGGAAGGCUUCUUGACAUUGUUGAUCCAGAACUUACUGCAUACGCCGAGGAUGAGGUGAUACGCUUUGUUAAGGUUGCAUUGUUUUGUACACAAGCAGUUGCUCACCAAAGACCAAGCAUGAAACAAGUAGUGGAAAUGCUUUCGAAACAAGUCCACCUCAAUGAAAAGGCCCUCACCGAGCCUGGUGUGUACAGAGCAAGUAGUUCACGGCGGGGCUCGAGGGGAGCCAGUUCGGAGGAAACAUCCUCAUCCCAAGCAGAGAAAGGCAAGCAUUCAAUGACUGCUCUCAAGAUUCAGAGCCAGUAUGAUGAUCCUGAUUCUAUGACUCAAAUGUCUCCUAGGUAAUUUGUAUCAUGUAUGUAGUAGCAGUAGUAAGCUAAGCCUAAGCCAUGUGAAGUUUUUGCCUUUUGGCAAGCUUGUAAAGAAAGAGUUUGUGUAUUUGAUUUUGUACUCUACAUUUAUUCUUAUUAUUCUUUCAAAGUGGUUUGGUCUAUAUUUGUGUAAAGGAAAAUAUCAUUUAUGUAUUUAUAUUAUUCUUUGACUGAUUUGUUUUUAGUUAAAGAUGUAACUCUUCUUCAAUUGUACUAGAGAAUCAGCCUCUUGUGUUUCAAUAUUUGAUUAUUAAUGGAUGAACUAUUUACAUUGCAAAAUAAAA